AUGCCACCUUCCCACCCUCUCGACAUCCCCGAGAUCCUCACUCGCAUUGGCCUCUUCCUCCCUCUCUGGGUCGACAACAACAACAACAACAACAACAGCUUCAGACCAACUUCAGAACAACACACACGCUUCGAACCCCAUACCUUCCUGACCUGUGCCUCGGUGUCCAAAACAUGGCGCCAGGCCUUUCUUCCCCUCCUUUGGCACCGCUACGACUGUAUCCUCAUGAAAUUCGUCCCCCAGGAGACCGUCGCUACCAACAGCCCACACUUUCGAGUCCUGCAGAUCUUUGGCAACGACGCUACCGCCUUCCAGUGCGUCGACUUGGUUGACCUGACCAUCAGGGGGGCGCCCAACCAGAUGCUGUUGGGUAUACUGGUGGCCGCCAGAUCAUCACGGAUAGGAGCAGGAGCUAGAGCAGGAUGCGAAGGAGGGAUGGUUGUCUUGUCGCCUCAACAACAACUAGUCCGAUCGAAUCUUUAUCUACAGUCGCUGUUCUGGCACGGUCCUUCACCACUGAAAUCGCUAGACGUAAACGAUUUUUCAGGACUGAAAUACAUUCAGACCCUCAAGUUAUCCAACUGGCUCUGCUCUCCCAAAACGAUGGUUGAGCUGUUGAGCCUUGUCGUAGGGACUUUGCGAGAGUUUAAGCUGGACAGGAUCAGUGGUUUACAGCCCCUUCUAUCAGAAGACCUGAACGCGUUCACGGAGAGAUUGUCGACGCUGUUUACACCACAACCGGACAAGGAUGGAGGGACCAACAACAACAACAGCAACAACCAAUUGGUCUUACCCCGACUCACCGCCCUUGUAUCAACCUGCGAUAAAGCUGUCAGUCUCUUUCUCGCCGAACUCGUCAAGUGCAGUCCUCGACUGAAGAGCCUCGACGUUUAUCUGGCGGAUGAUAACGGCACCACUCGACUGGCAAACAAUCUCAACACACAAUGUCCGGAAUUUCAAGAACUAAAGCUCUCUCCCGUAGUAACGUUCCGUCGUGUCGACGCCCUGAUUCGACAAAGUUCAGCAGUAGGGCUUCGAAAACUGAGUGUCGAGGUCUGUGGUCCUGACGAACAUCUGGUAGCGGCGAUCUUGCAGCAUGCUGAGACGUUGGAGGACCUGGCGAUCGAAAGGAGUGUAGGGGACAUGGAUAUUUGUCGGUACUUUGCUUUGCUCGAAGAGUGCCCCAACUUGGAGUCGUUCUCGCUCUCGGCUACUGCUGUCACACUGGACAAGGAGUUUUUGGACACGCUCAGGAAAAACGGUAGUGGUGGAGGCGGGAGCGGAGUUGGUAGUAGUAGUGGUCAUAGAUGGAAGUGUCGUAGGCGGCUUCGAAAACUGGUGCUCAACCCCAGGCUGUAUCACGGAGGUGGAGGUAGUGGUGGUGGCAAUGGUGGAGAGCAACUGAAAGCGGACAAGGAUCUGCUGAAAGUGAUGUCGGACAGCGUGUCGGUAAUGGGCUGGUACCGAUCACGGCAUCUAGACCUGCAACAACAUUUUCGUGGCAGCUUUAUUAAUCACACCAUGGUUCGUAAGACGUUUGAGCUGGUGCAGGGGCUGGAGAAGUUGGAGACCCUUGUGUUGGACACGGAGCAGAACCAUCAACAGUAUAACAACCCAGAAGCAGAAGCAGAGACGAUUGCUACUGAGAUUCUUACGGACAUGGGAUGGGAGCACGUCAUUUCUCGGUACAGGAAGCUGAACCCAGGCCGUCUGAGGAUCGAUUUGACAAGUCUUCGUUUGGCGGACCUGGUGCAGUUACUGAAGCUGGACAACUUAUAG